GGAUGGCGUACUGAAUUGAUGAUGCGGAACAGAGAGAAACAGACAACAGAACAAACACAGCAUUCAUCACAGAAAAGAUGUGUGGUGGGGACACAGAUCCGGUUGCCACAAAAGUGCGCAGAGGCACCCAAGCCCGUCCAAUCACCCUUUCCCCCACACAAGACUUCAAGCACGAGUAUCAAGACCAAGGCUGCUACUCAGACCCUCAGCGUAAGGAAGAUGGCCCACCGCGUCUACAUGUAGUAAUUUUGGAGUUUUGGGUGGACUUGUGGGGGUUGGGGUGGUUAAAAAAAAUUGGGGCAGUUCUGGGACAUACGUUGGACUGCUGCGGUGACGCAGUGAACAUGCAAGCUCCGCGCAAGGCCGCACUUUCCGGAGCGACCGGCCUUUGGAAGUUCAAUUCGAUGAGCAAUGACGUCAUAUGCCAAAAAAGUGAGCGGUCACCUGGCCCAAAUGAGAUGGCUUUCUCUCGCUCCUUGGCGGCUGGGCCUUUCAGGCCUUUGGCUUCAGAUUAUCAUCUUGAUCUCAUCCAAUCUUCCAUCCAAAAAUGUCACAAGAUUGCGCACCCGACCACCCCUUGGCCAUGACACGUAGGUGUGCUAUGUAUAUCAUGGGUCGAUGUGCUUGUAUCGGUUCCAUCAGUGGCGUCGUUCACGUAGGGAAGCCUUUCUCGAACCCGGCUCAAGCCUUGCUAUGUAAAUGGCCCGUUUGUCACACUCGGCCGUGUCGAUGCGAACGGAAGGCACCCUUCGCGAGUAAGGGCCUGGUCGAUCAAGGGGAAUGUAAUGCAGUACUCCCCUGCACCUUACACUCCGCAAGGAUGUAUACUGUUUCUUCACGACGUUCCUCGCAGUGCUUGCGCUCUCCCAGCGAAUCCCAGCGACGUUCGCCAGCAUUCUCUCACUUCGACCGCCUUCGUGCAGAAAAGUAUAAUUAUUUGUUCUCGUUGAUCCUGUCAAGAUAAACUGUACACCACUAACGCGGGCGUAGACACGUAAAUGCAAUGUAGGUGCGUAUGGACCUCUGAUGUGAGCAUUGUCCCAAUGGAAGGAUGGGCAGACUGUAUGAUGU